CCUUUGAGCCCUGGCACCUCCAGCGAGCCGAGAUCCGCUCGCACUCCCGCGGGGCGGCCCUACCCUCCCAGGCGCAGAGGCGGAUCACGUGAUCGCGGGAUCAGCUGACCUUGAGCGACCGGAAGAAGCAAGGCCUGGGCCCCGGCCUCCUGGCGCGAUGAGGUUCCGGUUCUGUGGUGAUCUGGACUGUCCUGACUGGGUCCUGGCAGAGAUCAGCACACUGGCCAAGAUUUCCUCUGUGAAGCUGCGGCUGUUGUGUAGCCAGGUGCUGAAGGAGCUUCUGGGACAGGGGAUUGAUUAUGAAAAGAUCCUGAAGCUCACUGCUGAUGCUAAAUUUGAGUCAGGUGAUGUGAAGGCCACAGUCGCUGUGUUGAGUUUCAUCCUCUCCAGUGCAGCCAAGCAUAGUGUGGAUGGCGAGUCCUUGUCCAGUGAACUGCAGCAGCUGGGACUGCCCAAAGAGCAUGCAGCCAGCCUGUGCCGCUGUUACGAGGAGAAGCAGAGUCCCUUGCAGGAGCACCUACGGGCCUGCAGCUUACGUGUGAACAGGCUGGCAGGAGUGGGCUGGAGGGUGGACUAUACUCUCAGCUCCAGCCUGCUGCACUCUGUGGAAGAGCCCAUGGUGCACCUGCGACUGGAGGUGGCACCUGCCCCAGGUGCCUCGGCUCAGCCUGUGGUCAUGUCCCUCUCAGCAGACAAGUUCCAGGUUCUCCUGGCAGAACUGAAGCAGGCCCAGAGCCUGAUGAGCUCCUUGGGCUGAGAAGGGUGCUCCUGACCUGUGCAGAGCUGCCCUUUGUGUGUCGAGUUGCUGCCCUCUAAAACUCUUCUGGGCCUAGCCCCAGUUCUAGGAUGCUGGGGGUGCCUGGUCUGGUCUCCUGGCUUCCUCCUUGAGACUUCAGCAUUGGGCUUCUGAGGAACUGCUCUAGCAUUUUCUCUCCUUGAAAGGCACUUUCAGGUGCUUUUGUGAGCAGGAAAAAUAAACAGGAAUGUAAAGGAGUA